AUGUCUACGCUGUUCGUGGUUGGCGAGGUCGAGCGUGCAGAGGUGACACGGGCGUUGGACGCCCUGGCAGGCGUGUGUGACCGACGGGUGCAGGUGGCGGAUCUGCCGGGGCUGUUCGUUCGGUUGUACAGCGACCGGCUGGCGGGCAGCCGGUGGAACUACGAGGAGGGCGUGUCCGUGGUGGUGCACGCGGGGGGCAGCGCGGAGUCGCGCGAGCUGGACGCCACGUUCAGGGCGUUCCUGCCGGUGUUCAACCUGGUGGCGCUCGAGCAGCGCGCGGCAGCGGCACGGCUGCCGGAGCUGCUGCGGGAGCUGCCCGCACAGAACGCGGCGUGCCGCGACCGCAUCCGGCGCAUGGCGCACUGGAUGUACUACGGCGGCUCGGGCAGCUGCUCGAGCAGGGUGUACUCGAUCGUCAGACAGCUGCGGGCGACGGGCGAGCCGCGGUCCGCGGCUCGCGCGAUACCGAGCGCGGUGGAGGCGGUCGACUUUGUGUCGCUGCUGGCGGGCGCGACGCGGGGCGGCGAGCCGCGGUACUGGCGGCUAUUGUCGACGUGGGGCUUCCAGCCGCACUCUCUGGGUGCCGCCGAGCUGGUGUAUUGCGCGUUCGUUCUGCUGAGGAAGCUCUCUGCGGACGCCGGCGUCGGACUUUCGGACAACAGGCUGCUGCUGUUUCUGUUCACGCUGGAAGCGUCGUACCACCAGGUGAACAAGUUCCACAACUUCAGGCACGCGGUAGACGUGAUGCAGGCGACGUGGCGGCUGUGCGAGAACAUAAUAGACGACCGCUUGCAGGUGCUGCUGCUCUCAAUGGCCGCGAUCGGCCACGACAUCGGACAUCCGGGCUCGAACAACAUGCUGCUGACAAAGUUCGGGGCGCCCGUGGCAACGGCGUACGGCGAGUCCGUGCUGGAGAACAUGCACAAGGACUUUUUCCAGCAGCUGCUGAAGAGUCAGUGGCCGCAGCUGCUGGGGCUGAGCCAGAGUCUGUGCAAGGGAGAGUCGCAGUACAACCUGAUCGCGGAGACCAUCCUGGCGACCGAUAUGGCGCUGCAUGCGGAGUACGUGGAUAAGCUGAAGGAAAACCACAGGAUCGACAACCUGAAGAUGCUGACGUCUUUGAUCAUAAAGGCUGCCGACAUCUCAAACGUCACGAGACCGCUUGCUAUCUCUGCCCAGUGGGCGUAUCUGAUAACGCUCGAGUUCAGAGACUGCUCGUUGCUGGAGGAGUAUCAGGCGAAGGGCGACGGCGGCCAGAGCGCGCCGCAAGACGAAGAAUCCGGACAUACGAACAGCGGCCGGCUGUUGUCGCCGGACGAGUUGGUGGAUAAAUAUCCGUGCAUUCCCGGAGGUCAGAUUUUUUUCAUUGACACCUUCGCCGAACAGUUCUUCAAAGAGUUCUGCCAGAAAUUCCCGGAGUUGAACUUCCUGAUAGAUAAUGUGCAAUCGAACAAGAAGUUUUGGCUGGAAAAACUGUAG